CCCCAGCCUCCUAAUGGGGUUUCCACUGUCGAGGUUUUGCCCCGACACACCGCAGCACGCUUCGGGGUGGCACGGGUGCGCUCGACAAGCCCGCAGCUUCUCGGGGAUGCGGCAGCCCCUGCCCCCGACCCGUGUCCAGCGUGGGGCCUGGGCACAGGCCGAAUCAGAGAGGCCCCGCUCGGGCACGCCUCGGGCUGGGCCCAUCACUGCCCUACCACCGACUCGAGCGACGCGCGCACGACCCACACCGACCCCAGCCCGCUGCCGCAGCUGCUGUACGGAGGGAAGCUGGAUUUCCUCGUCUUCGAUUACCUCUCCGAGAUCACCAUGUCGCUGCUGACGGCCGCCAAGGCCCGGUCUCCCGUUUUAGGUUACACUCCGGAUUUUGUCUCCACUGCCAUGGCUCCCUAUAUAAAAGAUAUUCACAGGAAAGGUGUUCGUGUCAUCAGUAAUGCUGGUGGAAUUAAUCCACUUGCUUGUGCAGCUGCUCUUCAGGAGGUGGCAAAGAAAGCAGAUGUUGAUUUGAAAAUAGCUGUUGUUGCUGGAGAUGACCUGAUGAGUGAGAAAGAAAACUUAAAAGGAGCUGGUAUCACUGAUUUAGAGAGUGGCAAACAAUUUCCAGAAAAUAUUCACAGCAUGAAUGUGUAUCUUGGUGCAAGACCAAUAAGCAGAGCUCUAGACCUUGGAGCAGAUAUUGUUGUGACCGGCAGAUGUGUUGACAGUGGGAUUGUUUUAGGACCACUCAUUCAUUCUUUUGGCUGGAAUAGGGAUGACUAUGACUUGCUAGCUGCAGGAAGUCUUGCAGGUCAUCUGAUUGAAUGUGGUGCUCAGUGUACAGGUGGAAUAUUCACUGAUUGGCACACUGUACCAGACUGGCACAACAUAGGCUUUCCCAUUGUAGAGUGUUCCUCUGAAGGAGACUUUAUUCUUUCUAAGCCGCCAGACACAGGGGGACUAAUCUCUUUUGGCACUGUAGCUGAACAGUUGGUAUAUGAAUUGGGCAAUCCUCAGCGCUAUCUUUUACCAGAUGUUACGUGUGACUUUUCCCAGGUUUCCAUCACUGAAAUUCCAGGUUUUGAUGGUGGAGCAGUGAAAGUUUGUGGAGCAAAAGGAUUGCCUCCUUCAACACUUUAUAAGGUAAAUGCCACAUACCUUGAUGGCUUCAGAGCUACUGCUGUCUGUCCAGUGGGAGGCCCAAAGGCGGUACAAAAAGCAAAACGUACUGCAGAAGCUAUUCUGCAAAGGACUCGUCUUAUUUUCAGUCAGCUUGGGUAUGAAGAUUACAGUGCAGUUAACAUACAGGUUUUAGGGUCUGAAGAUACAUAUGGACCUCAUGCUAGAAGGAGUAUAGAUGGUCAGGGUCCUCGGGAAGCUGUUAUUUGGCUUGCUGUACACCAUAAACAAAGAGAAGCUGUAGAAAUCUUCUCCAGAGAGAUUGCUCCGGCUGGAACUGGCAUGGCCCCGGGCCUCACUGGAAUUGUUGGAGGGCGUCCCAGAGUGUCUCCAGUUUUGAAGCCAUUUUUCUUCUGUUAUCCCAAAAGCAAUGUUCAGAUCAACCUGUUUUUAAAUGGGCAGCAUGUUGAGAUAUUUGAGGACGAUCUCAUGUACACAUCAGAUGAGGUGGUUUCAUUUGAUCUGCCCAAGAUUAGCAGUGAAUUGAAAGAUCUGCCAAGUGGUCCACAUACUUAUCGCUUAGAAGAUCUUGCCUACACUAGAAGUGGCGACAAAGGCAAUUCUGCGAACAUAGGUGUGAUAGCACGGCAUCCCCUCUACUAUCCGUACCUAAAGAAAACUUUAACUGCUCAAGCCCUUGAGAAUUACUUUCAACACCUUUUAGAGCAUGAGAAACCAGAAGAAGAACUAGUAACAAGAUAUGAGUUGCCAGGAAUUCAUGGAUUAAAUUUUGUUCUGAAGAAUUCCCUUGGUGGUGGUGGUAUAGCAUCCCUAAGAAGUGACCCACAGGGUAAAGCACUUGGACAGAUGCUGUUGGAUUUCCAGAUUAAAAAUGUUCCUGAUUUAAAAUCACUGAUAGAGUAACAGAUGUUGAAUAUAUAUGCUUUUAAUAUUAAGUGGUAUAAAAACAUGUUAUUCAAGAAGCCAGUUCUUGUUUAUGAGAUUUCUUUUUUUAAGUUAAAGAAUAGAAACUUGACAGUUAUUUCUCAGAAGCUUAGCUAUAUGACACAGAUUAGCAAAUGUUUUUGAGUAAUACCAGACUAAUAGCUUUGUCCGUGCCUGAUAAUGUUUCCUGUCUAGGUAAUACAGUGGAUGAAGAAUCAGUUUAUUUCCUGCAAAAUAGAAUUAAUCGAAUUGCAACAUAACAUUUAAUUAUGAGACAAGAUAAUCUUUAAGAUGGAAAUUACCUCCUGUUUGGUCCAUCUCUUUUCCUUCUCCCAUCCUUUAUUUGAAAAUGGACUGGACUGUUGUCCCGUCAGCUGUAUCUGUCCUGUGCAGUGAGUAGGGCUGGGUCACCUGCUCAGCACUGCUGGGAAGUCAGCACUGUCUGGUCCUGGGGAACAGUUUUCCCUAUUGGGCAAUAAAGAAAAGUAGUAAUUGGUACUGUUAUACAGUGACUGGUUGUAAAUGCUGACCUUUGGUGGUGAUCCACCAAACUUCCAGCACUUUGUCUGGUUAAUGACGGACUUUGUUAUUACAUUUUCCAGUAUCUUUUACUAAUUAAUCCUUCAGUUGAAAACACUGAGUAGUAGUAAAGUGCAGAUGUUAGUGUGGUAAUAAAUUUGAAGAUGAGGAAAGGGGAGUCUGCCCAGUCACUCCUUUUGGUGGUGCAAUUCUGGCAGGGAUGAAGCAGGAUGGGGUUAUUUUGUUCCAAGACUCUUAAAUCCUUGAUUUGUGCAACAGAGUCAUGCCUGCCAUUUGCAUUGCCCUUCCCACAAAAAGUUGUCUUCUGCUGUGAAGGAAAACCAUGUUGAAUGCAGUAUCCUCUGUCUUUCUUCUGACCCCCAGUUACCACCUCUCCAUCUCCCUUCCUGUGCAAUACGAUUAGCAUGUUCAAAUUGGGAUACUUAUGAACUACUUAAUCUCAUUAAGAAGAGACUUAAAAAUCUAUAUCAUACUUCCUGGGACAAUAGCAAGGUGGAAAUUCUGAUAACUGUAUUUUCUCUGCAGAAGCCAUAAAAAUACUACUCCACAUAUUCAGGCAUUUUAUAUUCAGAAAUUAAUAUUUUUCUUUUUAUUUUGGGGAGAUUGUAUUAAUUGUUUAGUGCUGGCAAAACGAGGUAUUACUAAUACCAGACAAAAUUAUGGAAAUAAGUAUUUUUUUAAUUGUCACCACACGUAUAUGUUGAUUCCUAAAUUUCCAGUGCUAUCACUGUUGUUAAUAUCCUAGCCUCUUGCUUGCUGAUAACAAUGAAUUGUUCCCACCUUUUCUGUGGUUUUGUUCAUUUGAAUUGAAGGAACUAUAAAUAAAUGCUUUAUCUAUCUAAAAAAUUACUGCCUGAGCAAGUCAUAGGUACUAUCCAUGCGUACAUGAUUGUCAGGUUGUAAAAAAGGAGUCAUUACUUUGUUGCAGAAAAAUAGCCAAUUUAAUAACUUCAAAGGGAAAAUGGUGUGCAGGUUUUAUUAUGUUUACAGUCAUUGUUUGUUAGAAAACUCUCCAUAAUAGUUUGGAAGCAGAUUGAGAGGAAGUAAAAAAGAAAAAGUGACAGACCUCAGCAAACCUCCAAGGAU